AUGACUGAGGUCCUCAACAUUCAGUGCCAUGUGUGUUCGCUACAGUUUUCAACGCCGGACCUGUUACAACAGCAUGUCUGGCACUACCAGGCCGAAAUUGCGGCAAUGCUCACUAGGCUACACGAUCUCUUCGCCCAUCAUGAUCCAACACCUAACAUCACCAUUUCGACAGACACCUGCACUUCCUCAAUACUGAUAACCGACCCGAAAGCUGUCGAAUCCGCCAACGAUGCCCAGCCAAGACGUUUGCAUGUCCAGAAUGUCAAGCUGUACUGGCAAGAAAGCAAGAUCUUGAACGACACUACACAAUUCAUUAUCAGUGCAAAGAAUUUUGCCAAUUUUGUUCCAGUACAUUCACCAGAGCACGCAAAUACAUUACUCACAAGUGCACAAAAGGCGGACCUCAACAUCAACGAUCGUAUACAAAACGGAGAUGCCUCCGGCUAUGCGCCGAAGCUAAGAAGGACUUACAAGUAA